CUCGCAAACAUUUGACAUUAUCUCUCACGUCUCUUGUACAUCUGCCACAGACUGACACAUACACACCUGUACGCGUGCAUGCGCAUACCUGACGAAAUUAUUUAGCCGUAGAUAUGUUAAAUCGUGUUCUAUUUUUAAUUAUUUUGAUUUAGGCUACAUACGUUUCGGAUUUAUUGAAAUAUAUAGUUGAUGAUGCCAGGUGAUAGUCAUCCGUUAGGUAAUGUUUGAAGAUACAAAUAUACGGUAGAUUUGGAGCCCUAUACAUAUUUUUGUUACGGCAGCUAUCGUAUCAUGUAUUACACAAAUUGGCUUGUUGGUUUGAAAAAUAGGGCAUGUAUUCGCAAAGCAAACAAAACGCGUAGCAUCAACUGGAAAAGCUUCAUGGACAUCUGCAACAACAAUACAACGUCGUACAAUCGAAAUAAAUCUGAGCACAUUUUAAGCAAGCUUCUUUGGAAAAAAGAUUACAAGAUUAUCAAGAAAAUUGGAGAAGGGACAUUUUCAGAAGUGGUGAAAGCUCGGAGUCUGAAGGAUGGAAAAUAUUAUGCGUGUAAAACGAUGAAGCAGCCAAUCAGCAGCCUGGAACAGGCUAACAACCUACGAGAAGUCCAGGCCAUGAAGAGACUAAACCCUCACCCGAACAUCAUUCAGCUGCACGAGUUGAUAUUUGAUAAAGAGUCUGGGAUUCUGUCUUUAGUUUGUGAGCUGAUGGAGAUGAACGUCUAUGAGUUUAUAAGAGGUAGGCAGCAGCCUUUGCCAGACAGUAAAAUCAGACUCUACAUGUACCAACUUUGUAAGGCACUCGAUCAUAUGCACAGCAAUGGGAUCUUUCACCGUGAUGUGAAACCAGAGAACAUUUUGAUCAAACAGGAUGUGCUGAAACUGGGGGACUUCGGCUCGUGCAGGAGUCUGUACUCGAAGCCUCCCCACACAGAGUACAUCUCCACCCGCUGGUACCGAGCCCCAGAGUGCCUUCUGACAGACGGCUUUUACUCACACAAAAUGGACAUGUGGAGUGUAGGCUGUGUUUUCUACGAGAUCAUCAGUUUCAGUCCUCUGUUUCCGGGCACCAACGAGCUUGAUCAGGUGACCAAGAUCCAUGAUGUUUUGGGGACACCUGACAGCAGCCUCCUACAGAAAUUCAAGCAGUCAAGGGCGAUGCAUUUUGACUUUCCUCCGCGGAAGGGCAGCGGGAUAUCUCAGCUUAUUCCAAACUGCGCUGCGCCUAGUCUGUCACUGCUCUACCAAAUGCUGGCCUACGACCCGGAGGAGCGUAUUGGUGCACGAGCAGCCCUACAGCACGCCGUUUUCAGAGAGCUACGGCUGGCGGAGAGGAGGGCUGACAGUUUGCGCAGGGCCCUUGGGACUGUGGAGGGGGGAGAGAGCAGCGGGACCCCAAGUUCUGUGGAUCACCUCUGGCACACCCCUAGACAGGGCAGGAGACAGCAGAACAUAAAGCAUGUUGCCCCGCCUCCGAUCAGACGCAACGCUUCACGUUAUCCGGCUGAAUUACCAAAGAUCAAUGUGGCCGUGCCAGCCCCCCAGAUCACCUUCCCGGUCUCCACGGUGCCAGCCCUCACCAUCACUCACCAGAGGUCUCUCCCGGCCAUCGUGUCAAAAAAGUGCCAUUCACGAUUGGCUCAGCCAAGGGAUGAAUCCCGUCAAUCCGGUUUCAACAAUUGCUACCUGCCGCCCUUGGACAGAAAACGUGGCGGCUACUGAAAGACCCCCUUCUUCAGGAACUGUUGGUUUUUUGGCAGAACAGACAGGUGGCUACUGUACAUCUAGUCUGCUUCGUUUGAAACGUUGAGACAACAUUGAUCAAAACUACUCAGCUACUGCAAAACCUGCUUUUUGGUAAGCAAUGAGAACAGGGUGUUUGGCAACGGAAUGCCACAGCAAUAAUUUCCAGGAUUAACAUGUAACAUUCAUGAUUGUUGCAGAUGAAAUACAUUAUCCCCAAAGUGUACUUGAUUCUGUCGUCAAUGUUAACCCAGUGAUAAUGCUUAUUAACGGUUAAUCAAUCAUUUACUAACUACAUUGUCAUACAGCGCAGAACGUCAGGGACAGGCUUGCACAUAUUUUAUCAGGCGAAGAAAGAACAGGUGUUAGUUCAUUGUUUCAGCACAGUGUAUUGUACGCUCUUCAGUGUUCAUAAAACCGGAUUUUUGGAAAGGUUUUGCUCACAGAGCAUAUUAUCUUUAUGAUACAAAAUGACAGAUUUCCUAGACCACCUGUGACUUCAUUGGAAGUGCAUGACAAUUAUAAAAGUAACCAACACCAAAUACUCUCAGAAUGUGCCAUAAUAUCAUCUCAUUAACAGAAAGACCUGUACAUAUUACUCUACAACAGUGCCAUAAGAGUAUAAAAUGUAUACUGUAUUGAGGAAAAAAAAAAAGCAACAUAUUUUGUGAAAAUUUCUGAGAAUGUUUUUUCUUUGGUUCUUUUACAUAAUAACAUGCAAUUUUUCAACACUGUGACAAAUGGUUUAUGAGUCAUGGGACGUACAUGUUAUUGUACGUAUUGCAUAUACAGUAUCCCAGCCAUUACAUUAUAGCAAGGGAAUAAGCAAAUUGAAAGUGUCAGUUUAAUGAUGUUUAUCAUGACCCAAAAUUAUUUCACCAAGCACUCAAAGCUGCACAAUAACUGAAACAAAAGUCAGUAACAAUUCAAGUGAAAUAGAACCAUAGGUUUUCUUUUAAUGAAUGAAUAAAGUGUGAAAUGUAAAAUGUUAACCACAUAAAAUCUAAAAAUAUAUUCACUUAACUCUUCGUUCCUUCUCUGGUUAGUGUGCAGAAUGCCACUUUAGUCUCCAUGGCAUCAACAAUGAUUGGUAGUCACAAAAGAACAUGAAAAUUAAAAGGAUAAUUCAGCUGUUUUGCAACUUGAUGUUUGAUGGUUACUCACCCUGAAAAGCAGUCAGGGUUUACAGAAACUGUAAUCCAUGGUUUAGUUCUUUAAAACUGCCAUUAAAAAUGUCAACUUCAGCCACUGCAAAAUAUUAAUAAAGGGAUUUAAAUGGGGGCAUGUGAGCGUGUAAAUUAAAUUAUACACAUUUUAAAGCAAUUUGAAGUCGAGUCAAUAUUUCAUGUGAUGCUACUUAAAGGUGAUUUGGUUGUAACGUACGCUCACAUUACAUCCUUAGACUGUUAGCUAACGGUGCUAAAGUUUCGCCUGUGUUGCUCAUUUUGUAGCUCAUUCUGGAAAAUGUACACACUCUCACUACUGUAAGUGGCUCUCAAUAAGGUAAGUGGCUCUCAAUACUUAAAUGUCAAAUCUUACUGUUUAAUGGCAUUUAAAAAAAACGGAACCAAAGAAUAUAGAUUUCUCUUGACCAUAUUUGGAAUAACAUCAAGUUAAAAAAAAUAUUAUUAAAAAAAGUGAAAUUUCAACAAUAGGCGUCACACGGAAGAAGUACCUACCAUUUCAUCUUAAAACCGACUUUUUCCUUGUGGGUGUUGCUUUAGCUUAACAUAGAAUAGCAUGGCUAUUGCUCAGCAAAAUAUAGAUUUUUUUUUCCUUGGUCUAUUAUUCUUCCUGAGCUUCAUAAUAUUUGUACAGUUGACAGCCCCUGUUGUCAGACUUAUGCACUUUGAUUCCUUUAAGCG